CGUUGCUUCUGCUAAGCUAUCCUGUACACUCAGAUCAUCUACUCUCAUCACCAAUCAUAUUACACUUUCUACUUCAACAACUCCCUUUUGUAUCUCCAUCUCCUACAGGUCCACAGCCUCGCUUUUCGGAAUGUCUCGCUACGCAGAAACUCACAAGAACCCCCAAGGCCCAGGCGAUGCCCGCCCAACCGCCCUCCAGAUCGUCAGAGACAACGAUCUUAUCGGCAAGCUCGAAGGAAAAGUCGCCUUAGUCACAGGCACGUCUUCCGGCAUUGGGAUGGAAACCGCCAGAGCGCUCAAGGCAACCGGCAUGCGCGUUUUUGGAGCUGUGCGCAACAUCGCAAAGGCCACAGAAGCCUUAAAAGACGACCUUGAGCCCGGACACCUCGAGCUUGUGCAGCUCGACAUGAAUUCUCUCGACAGCGUGCGCGCUUGCGCAAAGGAGCUGCUCUCGAAGACGGACAAACUCCACAUAUUCGUUGCCAAUGCCGGCAUCAUGAUGACUCCAGAAGGCAAGACGGCGGAUGGCUUCGAGCUCCAAUUCGGCACCAAUCACCUCGCCCAUUUCCUGCUAUUUCAGCUCCUAAAACCCACUUUACUGGCCUCUGCAAGCCAAGACUUCGCAUCCCGCGUCAUCGCCCUCUCUUCCGUUGGCCACCGUGGCGGAGAGAUCCAGUUCGACAAUAUCAACUUCCAGAACGCCUAUGACCCCAUGGCGGCUUAUGCUCAGUCCAAACUCGCUGCGGUUUACAUGGCUAAUGAAAUCGAACGGCGCUACGGCUCCCAGAACCUACACGCCUGGUCCGUCAUGCCCGGCGGUAUCUGGACUGGCCUGCAAGCCAAUCUGCCCCAGGGUGUAAAGGAUAUGUGGAAAGGCGAUGCCGAGUUCCAGAAGGCGUGGAAGAGCACAGAGCAGGGCGCUGCAACUACAGUGUGGGCCGCCCUGGAGAAGGAGUUGGAGGGCAAGGGGGGCAAGUAUUUGGAAGAUGUUUCGAUCGCUGGGCCGGCGCCACCGCCCACGGGAAGCCCUGCAGAUAUGGGGUAUCCGGGUUAUGCAGCGUACGCUUAUGAUGGGGAGAAGGAAGGGCGACUGUGGAAGGUUAGCUGUGAGAUGGUUGGGGUUGAGGAUAGGACUUGA